CGAUCUGUCGUGUAGUCUGAAUCCGCCAUUACUGACCCUUCGGGCAUUUCUUAUAUCUCAUGAGUGAUGGGUGUUAUUGGUGUUCGCCAUUGUUAGUAUCGGCAGCAAGUGAUAGACAUUUCGUAUAAAAUGCUGUCAAGAUUGGCUCUUCGCAAUGCACAGUUGCUGUCCACUGCUGUACGUGGAGCACAAAGUGCUUCGUCAGUAGCAACGGAACCAACUCGUCCUAAACGUUUGAUUGACCCGUCUCCAGUUAGACAUGGAUUUAUACCUGAGGAGUGGUUUCAAGCAUUCUAUCCAAAAACUGGUGCAUCAGGGCCAUAUGUAUUUGCUAUAAGCGUGAGCACUUAUCUACUUUCCAAGGAAAUUUAUGUCCUGGAGCACGAAUUUUAUAAUGGGAUAUCUCUGUUAAUAAUAUGUGUAGCAAGUGUAAAGCUAUUUGGUCCAAAACUUGCUGAGAUACUGGAUAAAGGAAUAGAUAAGUACCAUAAUGAGCUUGAAGAGACUAGGAACAAACAAGUGACUGAUUACGAAAAUGUAAUUUCUCAUGAAAAGAAAGUGCAAGCGAGCUUGGAUGGACAAAAAAUGAUAAUGGACAUUAAGAAGGAAAACGUUAAGAUGCAGCUGGAAGCAACAUAUAGAGAACGCUUGGUGCAAGUCUACCAAGAGGUGAAGAAGCGUCUUGACUACCAAGUGCAAAUACAAAAUCUUGAACGCCGAAUCGCACAGAAGCAUAUGGUGCAGUGGAUUGUGAAUGGAGUAUUGAAGUCUAUCACUCCUGAACAGGAAAAAGCAACUCUUCAGCAAUGUAUCAAAGAUCUUGAAGCUCUUGCUGCAAAAGUGUAAAGAGUUACCAUUAAAUUAGAUGAAAUAGAAUGAAAUAGCAUGAUAAGGAAAGAUUGUCAUCAGACAUAAUAUUCACUUCAUGCAGUUCUGUAUAUCAAAUAUUGUUUUUCAACAUUUAGAAUGGUUAAAAUGAUAUAAGUGAAUAAAACACUAUGUUACAACAGUAAAA